UUUCAGUAGUAUUCAUCCACAAAUUUUGUUACAGACGUGCCUUCGGAAUCAUCGCUAAGCCAACCGGUCAAAGAACUGAUAACAUAAAUCUCAAAAACUUCGACUACAACUUCAGAAAAAAAAGUUUCCGCGUUAAUCCUGGCCGGUAGGAAUAGAUGCCCGAUAAUUUGGAAAAGGAAAAGUUUGAGGUUAGGCUGUGGCUUGCUGGCGGCGGUGGAUCUGGGUGGGGUGCGCGGGCGCCGUCGCGCAGCGCAGCCCGCUCGGCUGGGCCAUGGGCAGCUCGCAGCGCCUAGCCGCCGUGGCCGCGGCCUCGCACGCGCGCCACUAUAACCACAGCCAUGAGGUGUUGCAGACGGAGACUGCGCAUUAUAAUGUCAACAUACUCUUUGUCAGUGCGACGUUAUGCGGGGUGCUAGUGGCGGUGUGCGCCGCGUGCUGGCGGCGUUCCCCGUCGUCGAACAAGCCAGAAGACGUGUCCGAAGUCAGCGGCGUCUACACUGUCAGCGGAGACAGCAGGCUUAACCAGGUCGUGGAACCCCCUCCCGGCCCUCCCCCCGCCUACGACACCGUGGUCGACUGCCCCGCCGAACCGAAAGACUGUUCCUUACAGGAGGUGACAACAGAGCCCUGCAGCCGCUGCAAACCGCGCUGUGACAGCGGGCUACCGUCAUACGAAGCUGCCGUGAUGCUGAAAGACACUAAGUUAUAAUCCAACGUGAACCCCAUCAGCACCCACCCAGCAGCACUCUUUCCAAGUAAUACUGUUAGAAGGAGAUGGGUAUUCCACAUGGUGUCGCGGCACAUGCGCUUGAGUUUCAGGCCACUGAGCCUCUUAUAGCGUGCCGUAUGUAGUUAUGUACAGUUUGUGGAGAAUACAACAGACAAUACGCCGGCUUCAUAUAAGGUAGCUCUCAUGUUGGGAAAUAGUCAAGCGUCCGAAUAACCCAGUCUGACGCAAGAAAAACUCAGCAAUGGGCUCUGGCUGGUAGCGCGCUGUAUGUAUAGUAUACCUAGAAGACAACAUAGUCUUAUUGCAGAUGUAAACCCCGUUGAAAGAGACUUAAAUUACAGCAGCAGCAUUAGCGAUGGCCUAUUAGUAGCGUGCCGUAUGCACAAUAUAGAAAACAACAGAGUCAUUGACCAACUGCAAUGGAGCCGUCGAGAUGCUAAAAAAUACCAAUGUUAUGAUCGCGCCAAACCAAC